CCCAGCUAGAAGCUCGUUCUUCCAGCAUGUCUCGCACAACCAAUCUCUUGCUCACUCUCAUCACCAUAAGCAUAUUUCCAUUCUUCACAAAUGGUGCACUACAACCCCAGCAUCAGCACGCCCAUGACGGCGGCUGCAUCCCUGCCGAGAGGGCUGCCUUGCUCUCCUUCAAAGAGGGCAUUACAAGCAACAACACCAACCUCCUCGCCUCGUGGAAAGGACAGGACUGCUGCCGGUGGAGAGGCAUCAGUUGCAGCAACCGAACUGGCCAUGUCAUCAAGCUCCAUCUUCGCAAUCCGAAUGUGGCUCCCGACCACUAUGGCUACCAUGAUGCAUGUGCUGAUGCCAGUGCUUUGUUCGGCGAGAUAAGUCCCUCUCUACUUUCCUUGAAGCGUCUAAAGCACCUCGACCUCAGCAUGAACUGUUUACUAGGGACAAAUAGCCAAAUACCUCAUUUGCUGGGUUCCAUGGGGAACUUGAGAUACCUUAACCUCUCUGGCAUACCAUUUACCGGUAGGAUGCCUUCUCAUCUUGGUAAUCUGUCUAAGUUGCAGUAUCUUGACCUUGGUUAUUGUCCUGCUAUGUACUCAACGGAUAUCACCUGGUUAACAAAGCUACCUUUCUUGAAGUUCCUUAGCAUGAGGGGAGUAAUGCUCCCAGGGAUAGCUGACUGGCCUCAUACCCUGAAUAUGAUUCCAUCUCUGAGGGUUAUAGAUCUUUCUAACUGUCUUCUUGAUUAUGCAAACCAAUCACUUCAGCACGUUAAUCUUACAAAACUUGAGAAGCUUGACUUGUUCAAUAAUUAUUUUGAGCACUCACUCGCAUCUGGUUGGUUUUGGAAAGCGACAAGCCUCAAGUACCUCGACCUUGGAAAUAACAAACUAUUUGGCCAGUUCCCUGACACACUAGGAAAUAUGACGAACCUUCAGGUGCUUGAUAUUUCAGAAAAUUGGAACCCUCAUAUGAUGAUGGCAGGAAACCUGGAGAAUCUUUGCGGUUUGGAAAUCAUUGACCUCUCUUAUAAUUAUAUAAAUGGAGACAUAGCAGUGUUGAUGGAGAGUUUGCCACAGUGCACACGGAAAAAAUUGCAGGAGAUGGAUUUAAGAUACAACAAUUUCACUGGAACUCUGCCAAACUUGAUCAGUGACUUCACCAGGUUGAGGAUACUGAGCCUGAGCGGAAACAACCUUGUUGGUAGUAUACCACCAUGGCUUGUGAAUUUGACACGCUUAACAACCCUUGAACUCUUUAGCAAUCACCUCACCGGAAGUAUACCACCAUGGCUUGGGAAUCUGACAUGUCUAACCUCCCUUGAACUCGGUGACAAUCUCCUCACCGGAAGUAUACCAGCCGAGUUUGGGAAAUUGAUGUAUCUGACCAUUUUGGACCUCUCAAGUAAUCAUCUCAAUGAAAGUGUACCCGCUGAAAUAGGCUCCCUUGUUAAUUUGAUUUUUCUGGACCUAAGCAACAAUAGCUUUACUGGUGUGAUCACGGAAGAACACUUGGCAAAUCUAACAAGUUUGAAGCAAAUAGACUUGUCUUUAAACAAUUUCAAGAUUGCCCUGAAUUCAGAUUGGCGUGCUCCCUCUACACUGGAAUCUGCAUGGUUUGCAUCUUGCCAGAUGGGUCCUCUGUUUCCACCUUGGCUUCAGCAGCUGAAAAUCACUGCACUUGACAUUUCAACCACUUCUCUAAAGGGUGAGUUUCCUGAUUGGUUUUGGUCCGCAUUUUCAAAUGUCACAUAUCUGGACAUCUCUAACAACCAAAUAAGUGGCAACUUGCCAGCACAUAUGGAUAGCAUGGCUUUUGAAAAACUCUAUCUCCGUUCGAACCGGCUUACUGGACCAAUACCUACGUUGCCAACAAACAUCACCCUGUUAGACACCUCCAACAAUACAUUUUCAGAAACAAUACCAUCAAACCUUGUAGCGCCACGACUUGAAAUAUUGUGUAUGCAUUCAAAUCAAAUUGGCGGCUACAUUCCAGAAUCUAUUUGCAAAUUGGAACAACUGAUUUAUCUGGAUUUGUCGAACAAUAUUUUGGAGGGUGAAGUUCCUCAAUGUUUUGACACCCACAACAUAGAGAAUCUUAUACUCAGCAACAACAGUUUAUCAGGAAAAAUACCAGCAUUUUUGCAGAAUAACACAAGUCUGGAGUUCUUGGAUCUGUCAUGGAAUAAGUUCUCUGGAAGAUUACCUACAUGGAUAGGAAACCUGGUCUAUUUACGUUUUCUCGUACUGAGCCACAAUGAAUUUUCUGAUAAUAUUCCAGUCAACAUAACAAAGUUGGGGCAUCUUCAAUACUUGGAUCUAUCACACAACAACUUCUCUGGUGCAAUACCUCGGCAUCUGUCAAACCUAACAUUUAUGACAACAUUACAAGAGGAAUCCAGGUAUAUGGUUGAAGUUGAAGUUGAUUCCAUGGGAGGUACUACCGAAUUUGAAGCUGAUAGCUUAGGACAAAUAUUGUCAGUAAAUACAAAAGGGCAGCAACUUAUAUAUCAUAGAACACUUGCCUAUUUUGUGAGCAUUGAUUUAUCAUGCAACUCCUUGACUGGUAAAAUUCCUACAGACAUCACUUCGCUUGCUGCACUAAUGAAUUUGAAUUUAUCAUCAAACCAGUUGAGUGGACAAAUUCCAAACAUGAUUGGCGCCAUGCAGUCAUUAGAAUCACUCGACCUCUCUCAGAAUAAACUUUAUGGUGAAAUCCCAUCGAGCUUGACAAAUCUGACAUCUCUGAGCUACCUGGACCUGUCCUACAACAGUUUGUCUGGAAGGAUACCCUCUGGCCCCCAACUUGACACCCUCAAUAUGGACAACCAGACACUUAUGUACAUCGGCAACAAUGGACUUUGUGGGCCUCCUGUCCACAAGAAUUGUUCUGGAAAUGAUGCUUACAUCCAUGGCGAUCUCGAGAGCAGCAAGGAAGAAUUUGACCCACUGACCUUUUACUUUGGGCUUGUGCUAGGAUUUGUGGUGGGGCUCUGGAUGGUGUUUUGUGCACUGCUGUUCAAGAAGACAUGGAGAAUUGCUUAUUUCCGGCUCUUCGACAAGGUGUACGAUCAAGUUUAUGUAUUUGUGGUUGUGAAGUGGGCAAGCUUCGCAAAGAAAACAGAUGAAGAAUAACCAAUUUCUCUGAAGGAGGUAGUGUUUGUGCUGCAACCUAUUGAAUGAAAGGUCUGGAAUAUUAACCAGGGUGUGGAAGAUCUCCAGAAGCAUGUGUUAUACGUGUUUGUACCUCUAUCUAAAUAAAAAUGAACAUGUGUAGCUCUUCUGAUACAUUUAUGACCUCACUAUGGUCGAACUAUUGUCGUAAAUGUAAGAAUUCAGUAUUGUUUAUAAUCUUGUAAG